AUGAGAAUGGUUUCUGGAGAUGAAGAAGAAAUAGCUAAAUUUGCUUCAACUUUACAACAAGUUUGGACUGUAAAAAAUAAACCAAAAGUGAGUAAAUUUGAACCGUUCCAUUUUAAAAAGAAGAAUGAAAGAACAACAACACAUAAUACAAAUACUGUAAUAAUGAAAAAAUCUACUAAACAAUCUAUUGUACAAGUUAAUGAAAUGGAUUCAAUUAAAAAGGAGAGUAUAAAAGAAAAUAGUAGUAGUUCUGUUUCAAAUGAAGAAGGAAAAGAGUAUGAAUUUACUGGAGAUGAAGAAAUUCUUAUUGAUGAGAUAAAAAGAAAAAUGAAUCGAUUUAGAAGAGCUAGUGAUCCAAGAGAAAUGCAAGUCGUUACUGAUGUUGACUUGUAUAGUAAAAGGUCUAGAAAAACAAUUUGUUUUGGAAAAAUUAAGAAUGAACAAGUUGGAGAAAGUGCUGAAUGUAUUGAGUCAAGUGGAACUACAACUACAGAAGGAAUAAGUAGUGAAGAGAAUGAGAGUGAAAGUUUGUCUUGUAGAGACCAAAGCACUGAAAGACUCAACUCAAGUGAAAUAAAAAUUGAAGAGAAAAAAUUACGACCGAGUCUUCAAGGGAAACUUCAUAGGAGAAAAACUACAAGGUUCAGUGCUGAGUUUGGAAAAGAACUUCAAGAGGCUCUUUUAAGACAGCAUAACGAACAUGAACUACGGGUAUUUAAUGAAGAUCAAUUUAAAAAUGUACUUAAAGAACUUCAUGAAAAAAGAAAGCAAAAAGAGGAUGUUGUAUUAUUAAAGAAAUGUGGAGAAAAACAAGCUCUUGCAGUGAAAAUGAAACCUAAUGGAAGGAAUAUUUCUCCAAAGAAAGAAGUUCCACCACUCUGUAUUAAUUCAAUGAUACAAACAAUCUCAUAUAAUAGAGAGGUACCUAUUCGAAGAAGAACACAAAGAAGACAAUCAUGUGCAUUGGCUAUUGAUGAAGUACAUGAAAUACAAAAAGUUAUUGGAGUUGAAAAGAAUUGGAAUGAGAAAAUAUAUACUGAACAAGACAUAGUUCUAGUUAAAGAGAUUCAAUGGUUAAUUAGAAACAGAGAAGCUCAUAAAAAUGGAAUAAAAAUUAUAAAAAGAAUGAAAGAAAGAAAAGGGGCUGUAUUAGAAUUAAUGAAAAAUGAGAAAUAUUUUUUGGAAAAUAUGGAAAUCUUAAAAGAAAGUCUUGAAGUACUUAAGAGUAAUGGAGGAGGAAGUAUAUUUGUUCUUGCACAGGAAUAUAGGAAUAAAGUUGUUGAAGUAACAGAAGAAUUAAAGAAUAAGUUAGAAGAAAUUAUUUGUAAGAAAAAAGAAGUAUAUGGCAAUGGAAUUGCUCAAUGUUUCAUAAAGGAAUUUGGUAAAUUUGAAGAAUAUGCAUAUUUCAUUAAUUUGUAUAAAAGAAUAAUGAAUGACUAUGAAGAGAUUAUGAAGAAACAAAGUGAAAAAAUGCCAAUUUAUGAAUAUAUGUUGAAAUUGAAAAUUAAAAAACAAACUGAUUUAGACUCAUUAAGUUCUAUGCCGUUUCAACAUAUUAUGAGAUAUAAAAUACAACUAAAUAGAAUUAUGGAAACAUUACCUAAAUAUGAUUCAAGAAUGAAGGAAUAUGAACAAGCAAAUCAAAUUGUUGGAGAUGUUAUUUAUAAUGUUAAUAAUCAAUAUAAAAGUUUUGCUCAAUCAACAGAAUUAAAUGAAAUUAUUAAAAGACUAUCAAUUAAAAUAGAUAAAACAUUAUUUGGAAGAACAGUUUUAUCAAUAGAAAAUGGUAAUAUUAUUAAAGUGAAAUCAAAAGAUAUUUUUAAAGGGAAGUAUAAAGGAAAAACAAAAAAAUGUGUUAUUCUUAUUAUUUCUGAUGCUAUUUUAUUUAUUGUUAAUAAAUCAUUAACUGAUUUAAGUGAAGUACAUCUUUCAGAUAUUUCAGAGAAGAAAAAAGUAUUAGUAGAAAAUAUAUUUUAUUUUGAUAAUCUUGUUUUAAUGCCAUUUAGUUCACAUGAAGUACAUAUUUAUAAUAAUAAAGAUGAUUAUUUAAUAAAGUUUUCUAAUACAAAGGAAAUGACAUGUUUUAUAAAUAAAAUAGAAGAAAUGAUAACUAAUUUAUGGAUUAGAUAUAGUUCAGUAUUAAAGUCAAUCAAAGCAGAUAAUUAUUCAUUCUUCUCGACUGAAGUAGAGGAUACUUCUUUUCAUUCAGAUGCACUUUUAGAUAAAAAUACUGUUAUUCAUAUUGUAUUAGCUGGAGUUUAUUUAUACUUAUACAAAAGUACUUUAGAUUUUGUAAAGCAAAGGAAACCAUUACAUACAUUUAAAUUGUUCGAAACUAAAGUUUUAAUUCAAUGUAACGAAUUAGGAGAGACAGCAUUUAUUACCUUUUGUUCAAAUGAUAAAGAGAUUAAAGUUCAAUUACAAUCGCUUCCAUUAGGAAUGUUGUGGAUGAAUUGUAUGAGAAAUGAAAUGCAGUCACAUCUUUAUGCUAAUAGAAAUUGUCUUCCAUUAUUACCAAACUUACCUAUAGGAAUUAAUCCAUGGUAUAUAUGGCAAAUUAUUCCAAAUAUUAAUGAAAAUGAUAAAUGUUUUCUUUGUGGGAAAUUUAGUUCAAUGGUCGAUGUUCGUACUGGAAAAUUUUAUUGUACUGAAUGUGGAAAAAAGAAAAGAGACGCUUCUUUGUGUGAAACAUCUAGAACUGCAUUAUCAGUACUUGCGUCAAUAACAAAAGAUUCAAGACAAUUAUUAGCACGUGGAAAUAAUAUUCUUAAGGCAUUAGUCCAAGAUCAUUAA